GGUUUGCCUGAGUGAGAAACGCUCCCUCUGUCUGUCUCUCUCUCCAGGUAGGGCUAGAGGAAAAACACGACGCUUUGCCAAGUCUCUCUCAGUCUGUGCUCCCACGCGCCCGGCUGAGAGCAACCUCGAUAUCAACGAGGGGGAAAUAAAUUGGUAAUUAAUGGAGUCAUCACCUGAGCGUGUGGCCUUGUGGCUUCAAUCUUUGUAAACGUCUUGAUCCUAACUGCUAAAAUACAACCUUUAUCCAACUGAUCAUCUUACUAUUGAUAACUGAUAGUCCAUUUCAUGCAUUUUUGUGCAGCCAGUGAAUCCCCCAUUAAACCGAUCCUACCUGAUAUCAGACUGUCACAGGAUAAAGCUGAUACCUACGUGGUGCAAGGGCGUGCGCGCUCCCGCUGCCUACCCACUGCCGCUGUGAGAGGGUUCAUUUCCUGACUGUUUACACCGCGGUGACGUCACAUCCAGUGGCGUCGCCGAGGCUGCCCCUCUCCCCCCCACCCACCCACCCAUCCCACACACACGUACCCUACUCUACUAUUACACACUGCCAAUCUGAAAGUAUAUGGAGAAGCCAAACUGGGCUUUAGACGUAAAAUACUUCCCCGGGGAGCAGCCCCCUUUCUCCCGCGCAAUGAGGCGAAUAACGCUGAAGGCGCACGGCAUCAUGCCCGUGUGACACUGAACAUUCAGGGUGAAUUCCUCUCUGAUUUGGAGGGAAAAGGUUGCCCUUUAUAUUAUAGUUGCUUAUUUGUUAAAGAUGAAAAGCGAGGUGGGGUAAAUCACUCCCCGUGUGCGCGAUCGUGUUACAUUUAAUGCACUGUUUUGAAUAAAUAAUGACGUGACCCAUUGUUGCUUGUCUGUUUGAGUUGCUGCAGUGGGCAGGUCAUUGCACAGAUACUGUAAGUUAACUGACAGACAAUAAUAGCCUACAGUAUUUUAUUUUAUUUUUAUUUUUAUUUUUUUGGAGACUGUCAGCUCAGUCUCCCAGGCGCCCUUGCCCGUGCCUGCUUCACGUUGAGGAGAUCGGCUCAGUUCGGAUCUGCCAUUAGAAUAAUGUGCCUGUCACCGCGAGAGGACGCACUGUCACAAUUUUAAGAGCGUACGUGUCCCGCAACCUGCCAUUGGCCCAGUGCAACAGGCUUUGUUGCAUCCGUUCGUUUUCUCUUCUACGGCUGUGCACAGAUAAACUGCAGCAGACUGUUUGUAAAAGUGCAGACUUUAGUCGCUGGUGUGAUCGAACACAUAGGUCUGUAUUCUUUAAUUCUGUAUUUGAAUUCAUUGGUUCGGAAGCUUUUGUGAGUGGUUGAUGUUUACAUUUUCUUUUGAAAAUGUUGUUUUUGUUUUUCUUUUAACAGCUUGUUUAUAUUUAUGCACAUGUUAAUGUCUUAGAGUAAUUUAAGAUGCCAUAAUAACUUCCUACACCAUCAACUUAGCACCCCACUAUGUUUCCAUACAUAAUUAGGGUAUUAAGUUUUAUUAGGCCUACUAAAAAUAAAUAUCCCUAUUUUUAAUAAUAUCUUUUUUGGCAAGGUCAUUGAAAAAAAAAAUCUUGCAGCACUUCUGCAUCUCUCCUGGCCCACGUUAUAUUCAAUUAGGGCAGGCCCCUCCCCUUAACUGAUGACACUGACAGACCCUCCUUAAGUUGCGUCGCGCCACAGCUGUCUGCAAGCAUUGAGCUGCCUGGCGCCAUCCUGAAAGAAUGCCUUCACUGUAAAAAAAAAAAAAAAAAAAAAAAAAAAAAAAAAAAAGGAACUGGAGAGAGAGCGCAAGAGAGAGAGAGAGAGAGAGGUGGAGAGCAAGGGUGAGUGAGCAAGAGCCACACAGACGAGAGAGAGAGAGAGAGAGAGAGAGGAGCGGAGUUAAUGGAGAGGGCUACAACUGCGCACAGACAGAGAUUUGAUCAGUGAGUUUAACUUGCUGGUGCUGGUCAGUGUGCAGUGAAGCCAUCCACUGCAAACGAGCCCUGCGCCCGUACAAAGCUCCACUACUUGUUGAGCUGGGCUGAAACAGUGACUUUUUUUUCUGAGAGGAAGAAGUUCAGGAACUCUGCGUGGGACUAGAUUCCAUUUUGGACGUAUAUGUCAACACUUUUGUUGCAUUUGUAAUGUGGGGUGAUCGGAAGCAAGCGCGGAACCUGUGGAUUUAACAAAAAACGGAUUUGGGACAGAUUAUUUCUCAUCUUGUGACUUGUACCGGUUUGCUUCGGCGUGCAUGAACAUUUGUUAAAGAAAAAAGCAAAGCAAUGGAAGUAAGUGCGGAUCAGCCACGAUGGAUGAGCCAUCAUCCCGCGGUGUUGAACGAGCAGCAUCCCGGCUCACAUCACCCGGGCCUCGGCCACUCAUACAUGGACCCUUCGCAGUAUCCCCUCGCUGACGAUGUGGAUGUACUCUUUAAUAUCGAUGGACAGGGGAACCAUGUCUCUCCAUAUUAUGGAAACUCUGUCCGGGCCGUCCAGAGGUACCCUCCUCCUCCACACAGUAGCCAGGUGUGCCGUCCCUCAUUACUGCACGGCUCCCUGCCCUGGCUGGAGGGGAGCAAAGGUAUCGCCCCGCACCACAGCACUUCUCCCUGGAACCUGAGCCCCUUCCCCAAGAACCCCCUGCACCACGGCUCCCCGGCCAGCCUGUCCGUCUACCCCCCGGCCUCCUCCUCCUCCCUGUCCACCGGUCACUCCAGUCCGCACCUCUUCACGUUUCCCCCGACCCCUCCGAAAGAUGUAUCCCCGGACCCGGGCAUAUCCACCCCGGGCUCCAGCAGCUCCGGGCGGCAGGAGGAUAAAGAGUGCAUAAAGUACCAGGUGACCCUGGCCGAGAGUAUGAAACUGGAGUCAGCUCACAGCCGGAGCGUGGCAUCAAUCGGAGCAGGGUCAUCCUCUGCCCACCACCCCAUCGCCACAUACCCAUCCUAUGUCCCUGAAUACGGCCCAGGCCUCUUCCCACCAAGUAGCCUGAUAGGUGGGUCACCUUCUAGUUAUGGUUCCAAAACAAGACCAAAAACAAGGUCCUGUUCAGAAGGUAGAGAGUGUGUGAACUGCGGGGCCACGUCGACUCCACUGUGGAGGCGGGACGGUACGGGUCACUAUCUGUGUAACGCCUGCGGACUCUAUCACAAGAUGAACGGGCAGAAUCGCCCUCUCAUCAAACCCAAGCGGCGGCUGUCCGCAGCCAGGCGGGCGGGGACGUCAUGUGCAAACUGUCAGACGACAACGACGACGCUGUGGCGGAGAAACGCCAACGGGGACCCGGUGUGUAACGCCUGCGGCCUGUACUUUAAACUGCACAAUAUCAACCGACCUCUGACCAUGAAGAAGGAAGGCAUCCAGACCAGGAACAGGAAGAUGUCCAGCAAGUCCAAGAAGAGCAAAAAGUCCCAAGACAGCAUGGACGACUUCUCUAAGAGCCUGAUGGACAAAAGCAGCUCCUUCAGCCCGGCCGCCCUGUCUCGCCACAUGUCAUCCUUCCCUCCCUUCUCGCACUCAGGCCACAUGCUGACCACCCCCACACCCAUGCACCCCUCCUCGAGCCUCCCAUUCGCCCCCCACCACCCUUCCAGUAUGGUCACAGCCAUGGGUUAGACCUCCUGUGCUGCGCCACCCCUGAACCCUCGGCCUAGCCACCACAGUAUCCCUCGGUACCUCUGCUGACCUGCUACCAUAUCCUAAAAGACAAAUAAACUGCUCCUCGGCCCGACCUAAGCUAUCCUGUUCCACCACCAAGCUGCGGUGCGAGAGCAACAGGCUUUAGGCUCCUUUGUCCUCAGUUGUAUCUUAUUUUUAUAAAAUCAAAGUGUACCUCUGCGAUGUGAAUGCUUUGCAGACUUGACUUGACUGUGGGGCACUGACCUCCAGGGGGAAGAUUUUUUUUUUCCUCACCCAGGGAGAGAAAGAACAUUUUCUCCCCCCAGCCGCCGCCACCACAUUGAGGCUGCCCUCCCAGCUGAUCCACAUGAUAAGGAGCUCCAUUUGUGUACAAAAAGCCAUUUUUCCACACACGAACAUCACAAAAACAGACAUUAAAAAAACUUUUACAACGCUUUCUCCCUAAAUUUCCAAACCCGCCUCUCUUCACCUUGCACCUGUGUAACAGGAACCCCCCCCCUUCUUCUUCUUCUUCUUCUUCUUCUUCUGCUUGCUGAAGAUGAGGAGAGACAGACGUUGAAUAUAUUUGUACAAAUUGUAUGAAAUACAGUACAUUUAAUGAAGACUUUUUAAUUAAGUAAGAAAAAAAAAAAGGAAACAUGCCCCUGGGCAGCUAAUGACGAGAAGGGUACGAGUCGCAGCAGGUGAAGAGACUUGCCGCCAGAGGAGUGAGGAGAGGACGCCUCAGAGGAAAGAAAAAAGGGAGGAGGUGAGAAGACGAAAGGGAGAGACUUUAGAGAAAGGGCAGGCCUCGGUUUUUGCCUGCGUGAAUUGUGUUGCAUUAAGUUUGCAGAGAGUCAGCAGCUCUGGCUGCAGGCAUCUCUCUUUUUAUUUUGGAUGUGCUAUAGGUCUCGGGCAAUUGGUUUGUGUAGACACACGCACGCACGUACACGCACAUACACGCACACACACACACACACGCACACAUUUGAUCACCUGAAAGACUUUCUUCCUGCCCACAGAUUAUAUGCAUUGUGAAAAGUUCCUGUAUUUGUUAUUUGUAUGUAUAAAUCAGAGUACCAAAAAUACGAAAUAAACAAAGAUGUAGAAUUAUUUCUUUAUGUUAUGCAGACUGAAUGGUUGUAAAAAUUUAAUAAUAAUCACUAGUGUAAAAUAUGACUGCUUUUUUGUUUCGUAAUUUUUUUUCCUCUUUGAAAAUAAUAAACUAGUUUAAUCUCUGUUGACAUGUUA